CAUAAAUGUUGGCCGUCCAAGAUGUCUGCCAAAAGAAAAUAUCAAUAUUUUGAACGAAGUUAACCGGUUAUUAUUGUCGAAAUGGACUUAAAGCAAAGACUAAAGUCUCUGAUAGGGAGACAGGAGAUUGUUACUUCUCCAACAGAAGAGAACAUCAGCUCAGAAUCAUUCAAGCAAGAACCUGCUGUUGCAAAGUUUAAGCCAGAAUACCGGAGCAACCCUCAUGAAGAUCAGGAGCUUGUGGCAGCGAUAGAACAGGCUUACUACAAGGAUGAGACCUUUGACACCAGUGACUUUGAAUUGCAGAAACUCCCAGAAGUUAUUGAUCUGUCUAAGGUUGAUGAAGACCGAAUUCGUCUGAGAAAACAACUUCAAGCUGUUUCCAAAAAAGUGUCGGAGUUGAUCCUCCAGAAACAGCCAGCAUAUGCAGCGGAGUUACAGCGGGUGAUGGAGUUGCAGAAGACAUUACAGCUGGCAGGGGUCAUCUGCAGCACUGGGCGCAAACAACUGUUCCAUGCCAGUGAGAGUUUCACCACUGCCAGUCUCGGGCUGCUUGCUAACUACAGGAAGAGACAACAACUCUUAGGAUUACUCAAGUCACUGCACACAAUAAAAACACUGCAAAGAACAGAUUUGAGAUUAAGAGAAAUGAUGGAGGAGGAGGAUUACAGUGGGGCCAUACAACUCUGUCUGGAGUGUCAAAAAGCUGCCAGUACAUUCAGGCACUACCGCUGUAUCAGUGAGUUGAGUUCCAAACUCCAGGACACACUGGAGAUGAUUGAGGAACAGCUAGAUGUGGCCCUGUCCAAGACUUGCUCAAGCUUUGAUGUCACACACUAUGAGAAGGUGCAGAUGGCAUACAGACUACUGGGCAAGACACAGACUGCCAUGGACCAGCUACACAUGCACUUCGCUAGUGCUAUCCACAACACAGCGUUCACCAUGGUGCUGGGAUAUGUGGAACUCUGCUCAGGCACUGGCACCACCAACUUCCAGAAGAGGCAGUACUCAGACCUGUGCAAGCACAUAACGACAGAGACUUUCACACCUUGUCUUGUGGAUCUUUGCAAGGCAUUGUGGGGAGUGAUGAAGAGCUACUACAAGACCAUGCAGUGGCACGAGAGCCACGACCAAGACAUGGCCACAGAACACACUGGUGAGACUGGUGGCAGCAGCGUGGAAGCUACAUUCAACCGUCGCUAUGUGAUGCAAAAGUUAGAGUACGGUCGAGGCCGUGUCUGGCAAGACGUUCAACAGAAGGUGAAGACAUUCAUCCUUGGUACUGACUUGUCUGUCUUCAAACUAGAGGAGUUCAUCAAAGUCCUUGAUAUCAUCAACAGGAUGAUCGAGAUUGGGGAGGAGUUUUGUGAUAGCAAGUCUGAGGGUCUGCAAGAUUCUCUCAAACAGCAGAGUCUGAACUACUUCAGAAAUCAUCAUAGGGCACGUCUCGACGAGCUGAGGAUGUUUCUGGAAAAUGAAGGCUGGGAACUGUGUCCUGUGAAGUCCAAUUUUAACAUUCUUCAGCUUCUGGAAUUUAGGUUCUUACGUAACUGGAAGCUGAAGAUGAAGUCUGUGGUGACACCUGCCUUGGAUGUAGACAAGAUGUCUGGAUUAGACAGGAUCAAUGACACAUCGCUACAGAGCAAUGGCUACUUCUCACGCUUCCUUGAGGAAGGAAGUCCAUUUGACAUACAACAGGAUGAGGAUGAGCAGGAAGAUGUCUUCUCAAGUGUUGGGGAGAAGGAUGACGACGGCUACAGAGAUUCUGACAGUGACUCUGAUGUAGCAGAUGAACUGAAGCAGGAUUACAUCGAUGAGCUGACAGGAGAGACCAGGUCCCACAGAUAUACACGUCAACGGUCAAAUCAUGGGAGGAAGCAGAAACAUACACCUAUCAUCAGCAACACAACGCUCAAUGUUCUGCGGGUUAUAGGUAAAUAUCUACAGAUGAUGGCAGUGUUGAAACCCAUCGCUUAUGAUGUUAUCAGUUGUACAGCUCAACUCUUUGAUUACAUACUCUAUACUGUAUAUGCAUUCUUUGGAUCUGACGCAAAUGUGUCCCAUGACCGGACAGUCAACAAUCGUUUGAGAACAACCCUACAUCGAAUACAUGAGAGGAUGAUAGCAGGGUCAAACAUACCAGGCAACAUGGCCGUCGAGUCGGAGGAUAGCAUGGACAAGAUCCUGCCGGCCUCCAUGUCUACAAUAGUUGACCUGCGGUCCAGGGAGCGACUGUAUGGACUAGCAGAGAGAGUGGUGGCCGCCGAGUCCCUAGUGUUCCUGGGAGAGCAGCUGGAAUUUCUGCAACCAUUCCUGGAGGACAUGAUCCCACCAAACAAGAAAGCAUUCUUACAACAGUUUUAUUCUCAGACUGUAAAGAUGGCAGCAGAAUUACGGAAGCCCAUCUACAAGGCUGUGGCAGUGCAUGCCAUAGACUACGAGUUUGUCCUGCAACAAAUGAGCAAUGUUCGGUGGGAUGUGAAGGAGAUCAUGUCACAACACAACAACUAUGUAGAUCAUCUACUUGCGAGUCUGGUAGAAUUCCACAAGAAGCUGAUCGAAGCUGACCAUCGGGUCCCUAUACCUAAAGUGGUGAUGGACCUUCUGUGGGAACACUGUGUCCGACUCUGCAACAGGACCUUUGUGGAUGGGUAUGCUAAUGCCAGGAAGUGCAGCAACGAGGGCCGGGCUCUGAUGCAGCUUGACUUCCAGCAGUUUGUCACCAGGCUUGACAGAAUCACAGACAUCAAGCCAAUACCAGAGAGGGAGUUUGUGGAGACGUACAUCAAGGCGUACUACCUCCCGGAGAGCCAGCUUGAAUCAUGGCUGCAGGAUCAUAAGGAAUACUCCAACAAGCAGCUCCUGGCUCUCAUCAGCUCCGUGGACCACAUCAGUAAGAAGGCCAGACAGAGAUUGACCACUGUGGUGGAGGACAUGGACCGUGUCCGCAGGUAGCACAGACCUUCAUUCCCAGCAGCACAGGUCAGACUGGCCAACGAUCAUUCCACUGCCUGUCCCUUGACCAGCUCAUAGCAGCAGAAAGGUGCACCAUUCCAUAGUCAGACACUGUCACAAACACAUAGUUCAUGGAUGAUGUUUACUGGGUGACGGAUGUGUACCAAAGACACAAGACAUUGUAUGUCUUUAUAGUUCGCUUCUGUAUGGACUGAGUAUUAGUCAUCAAGUGAAGUGUUGUGUGUAAAUGGCUAAAACAGGCAGUAUAUUACUGGAGUUAGUUCCAGUAUAAUCAGCGUGAGGUGAUGGGGAUGCAGUUAUCUCUGUACAUGAAGAGAGAUCCCAGUACACUGAACAUUCACAGCUUUACCUGGUUGACGAGCCAUCCAAAGUAUGUUUUUGUUUAUGGUCUUUUAACAUUAAGCUGAAACAUGAACAACUGUUUGUUUUCUUAUUUUCAAAUGUUGAGUGAUUCUUUAGGAAAUCUCUCCAGAUGUUUGUUUUAGACAUAUUCCAGAUCCUAGUAUCGUCCUGGUCGUUAUUAAUAGAGUCAGUUAUUGGUCUUUAGAGGUCGGGGAGGGGAAGGCGUGAAAGUGAAACUGUCAUUUGUUGAUCCAUUGACUAACAUUCCAUGCAGCCUCGUUCAGGAGGUCAUAGGUGAGAAAAAGGAUUUGAUAUGACAUGACAAUCCUCGCCGGUGUGACAGUAGAUAACAUUCAGCCGUCAGUUGCACCAGUCAGUCCAUAGCCUUUCAAACAUGACACGGGCGGUGGGGUAGCCUUGUGGUUAAAGCAUUUGCUCGUCACGCCGAAGACCCGGGUUUGAUUCCCCACAUGGGUACACUGUGUGAAGCCCAUUUCUGGUGUCCCCUGCCGUGAUACUGCUGGAAUAUUGCUAAAAGCGGUGUAAAACCAAACUCACUCACUCAAACAUGACACUGUAUGUUCAGUAGAAACUAUCUUCAGCUCAUACAGACAAAUCUUCUUCAUGAUAUCUGGCUAUUAAGUAUUUGAAUCUGUGUGUUGUAUGCAGCCAUCCAUUUAGUUACUUGUGUUUCGUAGAACUAUUCAUUCAGUUACUUGUGUUGUGUAGAGCUAUUCAUUCAGUUAUGGUCCGUUUGGCUCAAAAGCAGACCGAUGAAUUGCAAUCUAAUUUGAACACUAAUAAACAUAUAAUA